GGCAAAUGCCAGCUAUGCAGGCGUUCCACGCUCGCGCCGCGCGUUGCAUUCUCCGCUGCAUUCGGGGCUUGGCGGAGCAGCCCGGUGGGGGUCUCCGGCGCAGCUCUUGCGGGUCCCAGCUGCUCUCCACGCCGAUCUUCUACGUGAACGGCCCGCCCCACAUCGGGCACCUCUACUCGGCCGUGCUGGCGGAUGCAUUGCACCGGCACCGGCAGUUGCUGGGCUGCGAGGGAGGGCGGCUGGCUACAGGAACGGAUGAACAUGGCUUGAAAAUUCAGACAGCAGCGGCAGCUGCAGGUAUUUCUCCGGAAGAGUUCUGUGACCGUAUAUCGGCCGAAUUCCGGGAGCUCUUCGAGCAGGCGGGCAUCUCCUACACCCAUUUUAUCCGCACUACAGAACUACGGCACCGGCAGGCUGUGGCCUGCUUCUGGGCUGCCUUGCGAGACAGAGGCUGGCUUUAUCAAGCUGACUACGAAGGGUGGUAUUGCACAGCGGAAGAGAGCUUCUUGGCAGCUUCUCAGGUGACGGAGUGUGUGGAUGCCCAAGGGAGCAAGCAGAUGGUUGCCAUAGAGAGUGGGCACCAGGUGUACUGGACGAGGGAGAAAAACUACAUGUUCAAGCUGUCCAAGUUCCAAGAACCGUUGCAACAAUGGCUGUACGAGAAUAAGGACGCCAUAAGCCCCGAGCCUUAUUAUCAGCAGGUCCUCCAGUGGCUGGAAGGGGAUCUCCCGGAUCUCUCUGUAUCCCGUGACCGAAACCGGCUGCACUGGGGCAUCCCUGUCCCUGGGGACUCAACCCAAACCAUCUACGUCUGGGUGGAUGCCCUGGUGAAUUACCUGACGGUUGUAGGCUACCCCGAGAAGCACCGGGCCUGGUGGCCCACCGUUUGCCACAUUGUGGGCAAAGACAUUCUCAAGUUCCACGCCAUCUAUUGGCCUGCUUUGCUGAUGGCUGCAGGCCUGGAGCCCCCCUUGAGGAUUUGGGUCCACUCUCAUUGGACGGUACAAGGACAGAAGAUGUCCAAGAGCCUGGGCAAUGUGGUUGACCCAAAGGAGUGCUUCCGGCACUACACGGUAGAUGGUUUUCGGUACUUCCUGCUGAGGCAGGGAGUCCCAGAGCGGGAUUGUGAUUACUAUGACGAGAAGGUGAUUAAGCUGCUCAACUCGGAGCUGGCCGACGCCUUAGGGGGGCUCCUGAACCGGGUCACGGCCUCUACCCUGAAUCCCAGAGGGACUUAUCCCAUCUUCUCCGAGACUUGCUUCCCUAGGGACAUGGAGAUUCAAAGUGGAUCUGGCAAGGCCUUAGCAGAGGAUUACAAGCUGGUGUCAUUGGUCGAGAGCCUGCCUAUGAAAGUGAGCGCCUCUUUUGACCGCUUCCAGAUCUAUAAGGCUCUGGAAUCCAUCAUGGAGUGCGUGAGGCAGACCAACGGCUUCGUCCAGAGGCACAGGCCAUGGAAACUCUGCUUGGAGGAUCCCGCAGAACGACAGUGGCAAGAGACUAUUCUCCACGUCACUCUGGAAUGUCUUCGAGUGUAUGGGCUCCUGUUGCAACCGGUGGUCCCGGCCAUGGCUGACAAGCUUCUCUCACGGAUGGGUGUUUCUCCUACCGAAAGAUCUCUAAAAGACUUGGACUUUCUCCCUCGCUAUCAUGGCAGGAGAUGCCCCUUUGAAGGCAGGCAGCUCGGACCGGAUCCUGGUCUCCUGUUUCCCAGGCUGAGAAAAAUUACGAAGCCAGCAAUUAGAAUAGAAUAGAAUACUUCACACACAAGGAAUUUGUCUCCGGUGCAGAUUCUUAAGGAUUUUUUUUUAAAAGAGAAGAACAUCAGACUUCUAAGAAUGUACAGUUGGGGUGAACUAAAAUAAGGGGGGGAAAGGCUUCAUAUAAUAUACAACUAACUCAGA